AUGGGAAAACGAAGUAAGAAUUUCAAAGAGCUAUACCCUAAUCCUGUCCCAAUAACGUUAUCAACUGAUGCCUAUGGAAUAAAUUUGCCAGAUAUUAUCCCGCACAACCCUAUCUCUUGGUUGAUAUUUGGAUUGAGGUACCUACAAAUUCAAGCCAAGCUGAUACCUUCAAAUGUUGUGAGAGUCGACUUUGAAGACGAUGUUUUCAAAGUUCUUGAUCCAACUGAUAUGAAUAGGCUAUGGAGUCAUGGAUUCUUUGGUAAGGGUUCAUUGUCUCGGUCCGACCCUAACUGGGCCGACAGAACAAGUGCAAGACUUGGCUUAGAUGACGAUACUCAACAGGGCAGGAAUGCCAGUGAAGAAAUCACAAAGCAAAGACGAGAGGAACGUAAAAGAUUCAAACUUGAAAGGGCCAAAGUCCAAAAUUUGGAACUCAAGCAAAGACAAGGAGCCUUAAAUGAAGAUGAAGAAGUAGAACUAAACGAUUUGAGAGAGACAUUGAACAACCUCAAAAAAAUCGUCCCUGCUCGGAAGGCCAUCUCUACUACAUCGAAUUCUCUUCGAGAAGAAGAUGAGGUUUUGUUGAUUGAAGGAUUAGACAAUUUAGAGUACCUUCAGUUACAGGCAGUCGAAUCAUUCUACUUAAAGUUUGCAUUGGGCGCGAUUGACAUUUUUGAACAGAAUGAAAGUUUAUCGUCGCUUGAAUUGUUCAAGAAAUGUAACUCUAUCGAUUCUAAAUUUAUGCUAAACUAUGUUGUUUACCAUCAUUUUAGAUCUUUAGGUUGGUGUGCCAGAUCAGGAAUCAAAUUUGGUUGUGACAUGCUUUUAUACAAACGUGGCCCGCCUUUCAGCCACGCAGAAUUUGGUAUAUUGAUUAUUCCAACUAAACAAGAAUUCAUCAACUGGAUUGAUGUUUCAAGUGUUGCGAGAGUUGUCGGAGGAGUGAAGAAAAAUUUGGUGUUGUGCUAUGUGGAUGAGCCGAUAGAAGACAUUGAGCUAUCUGAGGUAAGUGAUAUCGCCUCCUUGCUUAAAUUGUACAAAGUAACCGAGAUUUUAUAUAGACGGUGGACUCCAAGUAAAAGUAGAGACUAA